AUGAACGGCGAGAAUAGUAAUACCUUGUCACCAGGCAUGUGUCUAGAGGAUGAAGGUCUUCUCAACAAAACGAUUGCUUCUGGCGAGGUCGAGAACUGGGAGCAACUCAGAGAAGUCCUCACGAAGCGCAUAGCCGCCAACGUACAAGAGUUUCUCCAACGGGGCUCUGAUCCUCUUAUUGAACGAUCAAAUCUCCCAGCGACAACAGAUGGGCUUGUCCUUCCGCCCUUUAAACCUCGGGCAAAUAACCCCGCGUAUGGACCGACAAGGACGCUCCCUAGUGAGAUGACAGAACAAGAAGCAAAGGAUAUGCUUGAGAUCGUCGUCAAUAUGCUCGAGGGAUUUGCCGACUCGGCGCCAUUCACAAUCAAGCGCGUUUGCGAACUGGCGCUCCUUCCAAGAAAUCACUAUCGCACAGUCGGCAAAUAUCUUCGUGGACUUGAAAAAACGCUCCUCGUCACAUCGUCCCCCCAGACAUUCAGCGUCGCUUCAGAUGACGGGAAACCUUCUGUAUAUAGCACGCUCGGGAUGGAAGGCGUACUCAAGACGGUUUCGACGCCAAUAUUCGAACCCAUUCCAUUCUUGCAUGACGAUGCUAGACGGAGGUCCCAGUCGCGCAGUCCCCCCGCUUCGCCACUCAGGCUGCACAACUCGCUGGCCAUGAGCGAGGCGCCCGCGGAUGAGCCUAAAGGAUUUGGAUUGGUGGAUGAAUUGGAUACACCUGCACCUGGUCACAUGGCAAGUAAGCCUAACCCACUCACGGCCACGACCAGCAGCGAGCCCUCUACGCCUUUGAGCGAUCCGACAGCAUUGCCUUCGCUGAGCGACAGAUUUGUCAAGGAAGGCGGCGAUGAAAAAGAGGCGGAGAAAAAGGAAACAGAGGUGCAAGGAGGUGGAGAGGAGAAUAAAAACGAGGAUGCAGAAGUAGAGGUUAUGGUGCUGAGCCAGGAAGGCAGCGAUCCCUAA